GCUGUAGCUGAGGAGCACUUGGUGCGCCUUGGAGGGGGAGAGAAGGGCAUGUCAAGGUGGCGUCGAGCUACCUCUUUGCACCUACCAGCCUUGGGCCCAUGUGGCCAAGGCCCUAGUGUUAAAUUAGAGCAACUUGGCUUGAUCUCGCUUGGAAAGAUCAGAACCUGACACCCGUGGGAGGGUCAUAAAUGUAUUCUUUCCAAUGUCCAGAUCUUUAGAGAAGCAAAGGUCCGGCCCCUGCCCGGCUGAGGGCACAGUCCAUGCCCUUAACAGCAGCCGGGUCCCUCCUCUCGGGUAGGCUGCACCUGCCUGGAAGAGAGCGGGGGGGGGGGGGUAGAUCGUCCCCUUUUCUGAACGCUAAGCUCCUAGGGCAGAGCCAGGAACCGCCACCCCAGUACGGCCGCCAGCCGGCCCGCUGCCCCCGGGAGCGGGGCUGGAACGUGGCGCACACGGCGGCGCCGCGGGGGCUGAGGGAGCGGGGAGCGGGGAGCGCCCAGAGCGGCCUUCCGCGGCGCAGGGCGGGAGGGAGGGAGGGAAGGAGCGAGCAGGAGCUGCUUGAAAUGCUUGAAAUGAUUCCGCUUCCGUUUGGAGCAGGGAGCAGCCUCCCGCCCCAGCUGGGUCUCCAAGCUGCCUCCCCUCGGCCCUGCACGCGGGCGCGGCAUGGCAACCUCUCCCCCGAAAUCCCCCUCGGCCCCCACCACCCCCAAGUCGCCCCCGUCGCGGAAGAAAGAUGACUCCUUCUUGGGCAAACUUGGAGGGACCCUGGCCCGGAGGAAAAAAGCCAAAGAAGUGUCUGAACUACAGGAAGAAGGAAUAAAUGCCAUUAAUUUACCUCUCAGUCCAAUUCCAUUUGAACUAGACCCUGAGGACACAAUGCUGGAGGAAAAUGAAGUCCGAACAAUGAUUGAUCCAAAUUCAAGAAGUGACCCCAAAUUACAAGAGCUAAUAAAGGUAUUAAUUGACUGGAUUAAUGAUGUAUUGGUAGGAGAACGGAUCAUCGUGAAAGACCUUGCUGAAGACAUGUAUGAUGGACAAGUAUUACAGAAAUUAUUUGAGAAACUUGAGAGUGAAAAACUGAAUGUUGCUGAAGUCACACAGUCUGAAAUUGCUCAGAAGCAGAAGUUACAGACAGUUCUUGAAAAGAUCAAUGAAACCCUUAAACUUCCUCCAAGAAGCGUCAAGUGGACUGUUGACUCUGUUCAUGCAAAAAGUCUUGUAGCAAUACUUCGUCUUUUGGUUGCGUUGUCACAAUAUUUUCGGGCACCAAUCAGACUCCCAGACCAUGUGUCCAUUCAGGUUGUUGUUGUCCAGAAACGAGAAGGAAUCCUCCAGUCCCGACAAAUCCAAGAGGAAAUAACUGGUAACACUGAGGCAUUAUCCGGAAGGUAUGAACGGGAUGCAUUUGACACUUUAUUUGACCAUGCUCCAGACAAGCUCAAUGUUGUAAAAAAGACCCUCAUCACUUUUGUGAACAAGCACCUGAAUAAACUGAAUUUGGAGGUUACAGAACUGGAAACCCAGUUUGCAGACGGUGUAUAUCUAGUGCUGCUAAUGGGUCUCCUGGAGGGCUAUUUUGUGCCUCUGCACAGCUUUUUCUUGACUCCUGAUAGUUUUGAACAAAAGGUCAUUAAUGUGUCCUUUUCAUUUGAGCUAAUGCAAGAUGGAGGGUUGGAAAAACCAAAACCGAGGCCAGAAGAUAUUGUAAAUUGUGACUUGAAGUCUACACUGAGAGUCCUGUACAAUUUGUUUACCAAAUACCGGAAUGUGGAGUGAGGAAUUUAUUUGGGACAGAUGAACAGCUGUUAACAAAGCAACCCAUCACAACAAACAAUUAUAUGCUUCACGGUCAUUCCUUUGCAUUUGUAUUUUUUAAAGGAACUGAAUCAUUUCUCAGAAGUUUUUUGAACUGAUUAUUCUUGCUACACUUAUUAUACCGUAUGCUUAAAAUUAGGGCUACAUUAAACCAAGUGAAAUGAUGAAGUAAAAAGUCUGAAGGACGAUAACUAGGUACCUUUUGGGGAAAUCCAUCUCUGAUUAAUAUUUCUCUACUCUGUUUUAAAAUACUCAGUACAACAAGCAAUAGACUUGAUAGCUUUAAUUAGACUGGAUUUUGGAACCAAUUGUAGGAGGUUAUCUUCAGUUGUGUAUUAAAUAUAAAUUUGAAAAAAAACCCAGUUAUUUUUCUAAUCUGAGAGGACAAUAUUUUCUAUCCGUAAUAAGAUGGAUGCAUCAGGGGCUCCUGCUAACUUACUAAAUGUGUAUGGAAGGGUAAGUAGGAUGUGAUGGUUCACACUGCAGCUAAGAAGAAGAGAUCUGUAAAGGGCACUAAACCCGGUUACUUUUUAUGCUGUUGUAUAAAUCAAGGCUUGAAUUUUCUGGGUACUAACUGAUACUUCAGACUUGUAAUGAUGUGAUGAUCUGAUUUAAAUGUGCAUUGUCGAUCAAUCGGAACAGCACUCUUUAAAGCUUGUUUGCUUGAUGUUGUGCAAUGAAAAGACCUUUACUGCAAAGUACAAAAUUCAGUACAGUGUCAAAACCUUAUAAUAAAGCCUCUUCAUAAGUAUAGGAUCUGCCCUACAAGGACACCCAGGGAUAGUAGAAACUGAAGUAAAGGAAGUGUUUUACUUAAAAUGAACAGUUAGAAAAAUAUAUUGGUAUAAAUUAUGUAGUAUGUUGAAAGGGCACAAGGAAUUAAUAAUUAAAGCCUACAUUUAAAAAAAAAAAGUGGGUUCCCAAUUAAAGACCUUAAAGGAGCCUGAUUUUCAGAAAGUGGGUGCUCAAUACUUACUGAAAAUCAGACCUCUUUAGGGUGCUUCAAGUUAGGCACCCAAAAAUGGAAGCACAUAGGAUCACUAUCACUUUUGAAAAAUUAGGCCAAAAGCCAUGUAGUGUAAGGGUAGUUAUUGAGUGUUUGAGCAUACACAUUUUAAUAAAAGUGGUAAAGAAUAAUCAAGAAAAGUAAAGUUUGUAGUGUGUCAUACUGUAAUAUAUAAUAUUUGUAAAACUAUUAGAUGGGAUAGCACUUAAAUACUGUAGUCUAAAUAAUACAGGAUAAACAACUUUUUUUUUUACAGUGAUGUUUUGACUUUGUUUUAGAAAGAAAUUAUAUAAAUUUAAUAGAAAGUAAAUAGUGCCUGUUUUUCUUUAUAGUCUAUUUUAUACAUUGAGCUGCAGGCCUAGUGUGUUGCUACUUUAGAUUUAUACAUAAAGGGAGGCAGUGUCUAUCCCCUUGGUUAGUUCAUGAUUGAAUUGUUUUGUUGUACAAUGUACAUCACGCAAAAGUAUGAUUGUUGUUUUCAAGAAACAUUCCUCCACCCUUCACAUUGUAAUGCAUUGUUUGGCAUAACUCGACUUGCUGAGAUUGUUACAAUACAAGAGUCUGUGGAAGUUUUAGAUGAACAAGAAUUAUUUUCAGAGUAGCAGCUGUGUUAGUCUGUAUUCGCAAAAAGAAAAGGAGUACUUGUGGCACCUUAGAGACUAACAAAUUUAUUUGAGCAUCAACUUUCAUGAGCUACAGCUCACUUCAUCGGAUGCAUUCAGAAUUAUUUUGCCCCUCUAAUCAUGCCACAUAUGAGCUGUGAUGAUUUUACAUUUUCAGUUGUAAGACGCACAGGAGACAUAGGGCCUGCUUUUCCUCUCGCAUCUCUAUCAGGCCUCAGUUGGAUAGGCAUAGGUGUCCAUGCUAGAAGAUCACAUUGCAUGAGUCUAAAUCAGGAACAGUGCCAUUGAAACCAGUGGUUACCAAGGAGAGUAGUAAAUUAAUCAUUACUUAGAGUUUUAAAACCAAGAUUUAGAUGUCUUUCUAAGAGAGAUGCUCCAACUCAGCCACAAGUUAUUGGGCUCAAUAGUGUUCAGUUACACAGUUAGAAUGAAAAAAAAAAUUCUUUUAGGGACGGAGUUACCGGGUAAAAUUUUGGCCUGUAUUAUGCUGCAAGUCAGACAAGAUGGCCAUAGUGGUCCUUCUGGCCUCAAACUCUAUGAAUUACACCAGUGUAAAAUUAGUGUAGGUGAAAGGAGAACCAUGCAUGUGGUCUCUUAAAUCAGUUUAUCUGAAGGAAUGCAAUGCUGGUAAGAAUUAUUCAUAACAGACUUAUGUUACUCAUUAUCUAAAGCGCAAAAUAUUUGAUUUUGCAGUUUUUGCUUAUUUGUUUUUCAGUGCAGUCAUUAGUGUUAAAUCAAGCAAUGAUGUUCUUCCAUGGAUACUAAGUGAUAAAUAAUAAGCUGAUAUUAACUUUGGUUGAGGUGCUUAUUGAGAUUCACUACUCUUAGAGGUAAAUAUUGGCUGAGGCAAAGAUAAUGUCAAUAUUUAAUUCAAGGAACAGUAAACCAGGAUGUUCACUGAGCCAAGUAUUCAAUAUCUGUAUUGUUACUUACUUUCUGAAUGUUCAUAGGCUAUCUCGAUAUCCCUGCAUUUUAGUAAUGUUUUUUAAAUGCAUGGCACUUUUCCUUUUAAACGGAGUUUCUAAAGGGCUUAUGAAGUUAGAGGUUUAGAAAAGAAAAAUUAUUUUUAAGAGGCAAAUAAUUGGACUUUUGCUCACAGUCAGAAAGCUCUAAUUUGUAUAUGUUAUCUGAUUAGUUUAUGUCAUUCUGGAUCUCAGUAUUAUUGACCUUUUUGAGAAGAUAAACAAUAGGAACUCAUCCUGCGGUUUUUUGAAAGCCAGUCAUGAGCCAGAAGUGUUCUCCUGUACAUACCCAUAGUUACAGUAUGUUUUAAUACUUUGCCAGGAAGUUGUGGAUUUCCCUCCUUUGGUUAUUUGGCAUGUGUUUUGUCCAUCUAUAAGUCUAUAUGCUAGUAACUGCUAGAAUGCCACAGCUCAGUUCUUUAACAACUCUGUAAAAAUUUUGUUUUUACAGAUUUUAUUCAGCAGGAAAGGCAUGGCAUUCUCACACACAUUGAACAUAUUAUAUUAGCAAAGCAUAUAUUUUUAACUUCCUUUGUUUUCAGGAGAGUGCCUUUUUCGGGACGACAGUUGCAUAGAAGAAAAAUUACAAACAGCAAAACUUGUUGUUUCCUGCAUUUGUGCAUUCGUCCUAAUUCUUAUUAUGGGUUGCUCUGCUAAUGAUGUAAUUGGCAAAUGUUUUUGUGUCCGUAAAUUCCAUCUAAAACAAAUCAAUGGACAGAAUUGUGACAUACUUGCAGUACAGUAAUUGUUGGACACUUGAGACUAUAAAAUCUCUCAUUUUUUUUUCAAAACAAAAUUUAAACUUUUGUAUGAACAUCUGUUUUAUAGCAAGAAUUUUUGUAAACUAAAAUCUUAUAUAACUAUCUGAGAACACAAUUAUUAUAAACGUAGAACAGUAUAAUAGCUUACACACACACACACACACACACACACACACACACACACACAUAUAUAUUACAGGCCAGUGGAUCACUGCUUAUAUUUCUGAUUAUAUAGAUUUAAAUAGCCUAUAAAAUGAAUAUGAAAUCUAAUCUAUAGAUAUCUAAUAUAUAUUGCUUUUAAUAUAGAAAAAAUAGAAUACUGUAGUCAGUUUUCUCUUAUCAAAUAUUAUUUGGCCUGCACCUUCCUUAUGUGAAGCUAACUGGGUCAAAUUUUGCUCUCGGUUACAGUGCAGUUACUCCUGAUUUACAGCAGUGUAACUGAACUUGAAUUUGUUCCAUUGGCUUAGAGGUGAUUUAAGUUUUAGGUCAAUUAUGGCUUUAUUUAUAAUUCUUUUAAAUGAUUAAAUAUUUCCACAUCAAUGGUAGCAAUUUUAAAGGACAAUGUUUAAGAUUACAUUGAAAUUCAGUGAGCCCAAUCUAGCAAAAUAGUCUCUGGCUUUCUGUGAUAUGAAGGCCCACAGGUUUCUAGGGCCACAGAAGGCUGAGAGAAUAUUGAUAUGCCAUGAGGGAUCAGAAAAGAAAAAAAGAAAAAUCUUUACCAUGGGUGUUAACAAAUGCCAAGAGAGCAGAGAGUGCUCUGCUUCCCUAUUCUUAAUUCAUCUAUCUCCCAUCACAGCCCUGCAGCAGUGCUGUGUGGGUCUUCCCCAUCCCCAUAAUGACCAUUGGGUUGUUUGUAGCGGGGAGCCCUCUGCAAUAGGCCUGGUGGAUCCUCCCCUCCCCAGUUACUGUUUGUCUGACAAUGAGGAAGGGCAAGUGUCUAGUCCAAGUAGUCUCUACUUCUCAGAAGGAGACCUCCAAAAUGGAGUUGUCACCCACUGAAGUUCUAAGAUCUUGAGGCUAUGGCACCUCCAAAUUUUUUUUCCAUCAGACUGACAUUCAGUCAUCUAGAGAAGAAUGAGCUUGUGAAAGGAUGUCAGGGGAAUCGCUGAGUGAAUUCGCCUGUUUCCCGAAUAUCAUAUCCAUAGAGCUGGGUUGCUGUAUAUUGCAAAUGGGCUGGUGGAGUCAUGGACUAUCCAUGAAAAGGGGUGCUCACAGAAUGCCUAAUCCUUAGCAUUCCUUAGUUGCUAGGUUCUUCUCUCUCAAGAGAGCCUGUGCAUCUGCAUAGCUCAGGAAAGCUCAUGGAACUUCUGUGGACCAGCAACUGCUGGAUACGGCCCUAAUAUUCUAAGUAAAAUCUACUUAUGUUUACUCUUUGAAACAAAUUCUCUGCUGAUGUAUAUCCACUGAAGUCAUUGGAGUUGUACCAGCAGAGCACUGGUCCCUUCUGUUUUACAGCAGGGUCUCAAGAUAGGGUUUGGGUAUUUUUUAUGUUCAGAUAAGCUGUAUUAAUUAAGACAAAUGAUGCUUGAUCAGUGUUGACUGACCUUUGCAUUGUCUAUUAAUUUUGCAGGACAUGUUUUUAAAUUCAUAUUUCAGAUUCACUUAGCAGAUACUACUCCAAGCCACUAAUGUUGUGAAACUGAAUGGCUUUAAAAAGUGAUGGGUUUUAUUUCAUUAGGCAGAAAUAUGUAUGAAUAUUAGAUAUAGUACAUAUUAGCUUUACACCUUUUUUAUUUGUUUAUUUUUGUUAUUUCCUUGAUCUCCUCUCAUAAUGUUGUCUUCACUCAAAGCCUCUGAAUGUGCUGAACAUCCCAGAGUAGAAUAGUAUCUUGAAUAAUACUGUAGACUUCUCUUCAGCAUUACCUAGUGGUCUUUUAUAUCUUAUCGUGAGAACUAUUGUUGCAUUUUUCUAAAGUUAAUACAGUCACAGAUUAAAUGUUUCAUACAAAGUGAAAAUUAGAAUAAGAUUUUUAAAAAAUGUGUUCAAAUGCAAAAUAGUCUAUUGUAAGUAGAUAUUGGAGCCAAAGUAAUAAAUUUAUCAGAAUCACAAAUGUUCUACUUUCUAAGCCCUCUGAUCAUUUAACAUUUGUGAGGGCUAAAUUCUUGAAUCUGAGUCUAAAUCUGUGCUUGUUUGCCCUGAAUCUAUUAGCUAAAAACAAGUUUGUCAUAUUCUAUCUGUCUGCCAUCUAAUGUUUUAAUAAUUCUAUGCUUUCCGGUAAUAUUAGUCCCAUUUCAUUGUUUGGUUAUAAAAUUCAAGAUCACAAUAGUUAAAUGUGCAACACACACAAAAAAGAGUUGCAAUUCUUGCUUCAUAAAAUAUAUAUCUAAUUGUAUUGGUUUAUAAAAAUUAACCCACAUGCCUUCAACUGCAGAUUUAAUGGCUUUUGUAAACAUGUAUUUUAUGUACUCUGUAAAUAAGAGAGACACUACAUUACCAAUAUUUCUUAUGCUUUUUCUGAAAGAUCUGUUAAGAAACACAAUAAAAAUCACACCUGAAAAUCAGAA